AACUUGAAAUUGAGCCACGUUAUCCAUUAUUUGGAGGUUGGAAAGCCACUUUUGUGAUUGGAUAUGGUCUACCAUUGCAAGAUUUCCUGUUUGAGUCACCUGAUGGCAGGCGUUACCUCAACUUCACCUUCGGGUGUCCGCUUGUGGAAAUGGUUGUAGACAAGUUAACUGUCAAAAUUGUGCUUCCAGAAGGAUCAAAAGACCCUUCUGCUGUGGUUCCUUAUCCAGUGGAGCAACAUCUAGAGACCAAAUAUUCUUAUCUGGAUGUUGUUGGAAGAACCGUGGUGGUCUUGGAGAAGAGAAAUGUGGUUCCUGCGCACAAUUCACCUUUCCAGGUCUACUACACUUUCAACCCAAUCUUCAUGCUUGCAGAGCCGUUAAUGUUGAUAUCAGCAUUUUUCUGUUUCUUCUUGGUUUGUGUCGCAUAUCUGCACGUUGACCUUUCUAUACGCAAGUCAUAAGACCGUGCGGCAUUUGUCAGAGGUAAAAUUAUAUGUUUGUUAACAUACAGAAACACCAUACAGAGCGGGAGCCAAUACUUGCGGGAUACCAUUCUGGGAUCUCUUAUCAAAUUUUGAGCUAUCCAAUGCAAGUUAGUAGUUUUAGAAUUGCUUGCUCAUGUUUUCCCACCUGGAAACUUCAUCCUUCUGGACCCCUGCAUCCAUAUGAGAAAUAUAAGAAUUUGAAAGUACUUGACUAUGAGCAUGACUAUUUUAUAUCGCCGAAAGCAUACUCGCAGAAACCCUAUUUCGUUAUGUUGAUGGUAGGUAUCUAACAAAUUUUAUUUGUAUCCUUAUUUCCCGCUGACCAGAAUGCAAAGUUUGCAGGCUGAAUACCGAUUCUAUCUCGCACAGAGACAAAAGAGAGAAAGAGGUUUGGCGUUUAAGGGUAUUUUGUGAGAUAUUCUGAGAUGGGUAUCUCACAGAUUGAUGGUAAAAUGGAGGGAUGGUUAUAUACCAUUCGUCAAAAUCGGUUUAGGCUGCAAUUCUCGCGCAAAAGGUACUUUGUUCUUCAAGACAACUGCCUCAAAACCUACAAAUCAGCACCCGUUUCUGGCAACGAGGAACCGGAUAGAAGUGCAACUUUAGACACUUUCAUUCGGGUGACAGACAAUGGAAGGGAGAGCAUUCACAGAAAAGUAUUCUUUAUUUUCACUCUAUAUAAUACUUCAAAUCAUUGUGAUCAGCUUAAGUUGGGAGCAACUAGCCCAGAGGAAGCAGCAAGGUGGAUUAGUGCUUGCAUGACGCUGUGUUAUGCGACGCUAUGGAGACGAGAGGAUGAUGGCACAUAUGUGGUGCUAUACCAUUCCGUAUUCCACAAGAAGUGUAAACCACAAAAAGGCUACGUCCGUGCUUGCCUUAAAAGUGGUGGAUAUGUUGUAACCCCUGUGAACCAAGGGAAACAGUCAAUUGUAAGACACAUGCUGUCCAUUGAUUGGGGAUUCUGGAAACUUCAACUUCGUCCUUCAGCAGCAAGAGCCAUAACCAUUCGUAUGCUUGAGAGAAUUGCUGCAAUAAGGGAAAUGUUUAAAGCCAAACAAGGAAGUUCUUUUUCUGAAGAUGUACCCAGAGAGUUGAAGAGAGAGAUUGGAUUGAACCUAGCUGAAAAAAAUGACACCAAGUCUGAAGCCGUAUUCCCAGAAGAGACCUGGAAGAAGGACAAUGAUACUUUGGUUGAAGAUGAGAUUGAGAGACUCACUUCUGGGCGUAUGAGUUUAAUGGAUCUGAAUGAUGCUUCUGAUGAAUUUUUUGAUGUUCCUGAAGCAAAUGAAACAAUAGAUUAUGAUCAUUAUGAAAAUGAAUGGAACUCUUCUUCUGAAUUAAGCCCAGAAUUGCACCCUCAGGUGCACCAUGUAGUUAAGCCAGGGAUAUCAUCAGCUGUUACCUUCGUGAAGAAAUUGCAUGAGCUUGCAGUGCAAAAGAAGGGUUAUGUAGAUCUUCAAGAGGUGAAUAGGGAAGAAAAAGCAAGAUAUUUCUACGGAGCCACUCUUCAGAAAGACCAUACCUCUACUGUACCUUGCAGUUGGGCUGCUGCUGAUCCUUCUACAUUUUUGAUACGCGAAAAAAACUAUUUGAAGGAUCAUGAAAAGGUCAAGGCCAAAAGCACCUUGAUGCAGAUGGUUGGAGCGGACUGGAUAAGGUCUGACAACCGAGAGGAUGACCUUGGUGGUCGUCCAAACAGUAUAGUUCAGGAAUUUGCAGCAGAAGGUGGACCAGAAUUCUUCUUUGUUGUUAAUAUCCAGGUUCCAGGGACAACCAUGUAUACUCUAGCAAUGUAUUAUAUGUUGGAAACUCCUUUGGAAGACAGUCCCUUGCUCCACAGCUUUGUAAAUGGUGAUGAUGCUUAUCGCAACUCAAGAUUCAAGCUCAUACCGUACAUUUCUAAGGGAUCAUGGAUAGUUAAGCAGAGUGUCGGGAAGAAAGCAUGCUUGGUGGGUCAGGCACUCGAAGCACACUAUUUUCAUGGCAAGAAUUACUUGGAGGUUGACAUUGAUGUCGGAUCUUCAACCGUGGCAAGGGGAGUAGCUAAUCUUGUUCUUGGAUACCUAAACAAUUUGGUCAUGGAAAUGGCAUUUGUGAUCCAAGGUAACACUCAAGAAGAACUUCCCGAAAUCCUUCUCGGAACAUGUAGACUUAGUUAUCUUGAUGCAUCGAAAUCGGUUCGAAAAAAAUAAUGAUUUUCUCGCAGAAAAUUUUUGUAUUUAUGAGACAAACAGGUCAAGGUCCGGAGCAGAAUGAAGAAACGUAAAAGGGAACGGACUUUUCUUUUUGCAACUAACCGGUGUAUAGUUGAUCGUUUCUUUCUUCUUUUUUUUUCCCCUUCAAUUCAAUCGAAAAACCAAAAUUAACAGCAAUAUAUAGUGCAAUUUAUUCGUUUUUUGGCGGAAAA